AUCAGAUCUUCACUGUGUGCAGAAUGAUGGAGAACUGGCUGCAGGCCCAUCCGAAGCGUGUCUUGGUGUUACACUGCAGGGGAGGUAAAGGCCGACUCGGAGUUCUGGUUGCCUCUUACAUCCACUUCAGCAGCAUGUCAGCCAGGUAACACCGACGCCAUGUGAUGCCAGUCCGGUUGGACACAGUGAUGAUGCAGUCAUGUUGACGUUUAGCGUUUACCAGGUUGAAGUUCUUAGUUUAGCAUGUCAGCAUUUCCACCUGAUGCCAAACAUCAGGAAGUCACCAAAGUGGUUUCGAUCAAGAGAGACGAGUGAAUGCAGAAAAGACCAGCGUUUGUUUCAGCAGAUGAUUGCCAGUCUUGUCAGAAAGUCUUAGACUGGACAGGGAGAUUUUGGGAUUGAAAGCCGACGCCCCCACGGAGUCCACACACUGGUGGUGCUGAUGGUGGCUGAUGAUGAUGAUGCUGAUGGAGCUGGUGAAUCUUCGUGCUGAUGAGGAGGUGUGGGGUUGUAGUGCAAUGAACAUUUCAGCAUCUUGAGGAAAGUUUAAAUGUGUGGUCUGGUUUGAUGACUGACUUAUUAACUCUCCUCAUAAUCAAUAGUGUGUCACAUUUAAUUUGAGUAAAGGAGCUGGACACAGUGCUGAUAUUUACCGGAUGUGUUUGCAGAUCAAAGAGCUCCAGCAGAACAACAGAGAGAGAGCUAACAGAGGCUGAACUACUGUACGUCUUAGCAGGCAAAGUGCAAGACGGCUGAUUGAAGGGACUUUGAACUACACUGUUGUUUGAUUUUGGGGCAGGGAUUUAGUUGCUGUUGGACACCUAUAAUUUAUGUAAUCUUAAUUUGCCAGAGUCAAGGCCUAUAACACAUGAAACCUAUUUAAUUUCAGCCAAAAGGCAUUUUUUAAGCAAACAUUAAAAGUCUGCAGUUUAUGCAGCAGCAUAUUUUAUGGUUGAUAUGUAAACUAUUAAACGCUCACUCUGACUGACACAUUGUCUUAUAAUGAGAAUGAAGUGAAAGUUCAGUUUGAAGCAGAUCAGAGGAACCUCCUCAAAGAGGAAGCUCGGGUUGAUUUCUACACUGUUGGUGUGUGCGUGUGUGUGUGCACCCUGUUCAUGGCUGAACAGCUGACCGCCUGCUGGGAAAUAUCUGAUUGUGAGCAUGUGCCUCUGAGACCGAUCAGCCUGAGUGAGUGCAGUGCAGACGUUUCUCUCGACCACUUUGCCAUGAGGAGGUUCUACAAUGACAAACUGUCUACUGUGAUGACCCCCUCGCAAAAACGGUAUGUGCGGAUGUUGAGCGGCAUGUUAAAGGGAGGACUGAGGUUGAGUUCCUCUCCGUGUUUCCUCCUCUGUGUUGUUCUUCAUGGUCUUCCUAAAAUAAGACCAGAUGGAGGAUGUUGUCUCUUCCUGAGAGUCUACCAGAGUCUGCAAGCUGUUUGCACAUCAGCAGUCUACCAUGUUCAUGCAGCCCAGACAGACCAGCUGUACAUUGUGCUCCAACCGGCUCAGCUGCUGAAGGGGGACAUCAUGGUGGUUUGUUAUGACAAAAACAGUCAGUCAGCCAGCCGUCAGGUCGUCUUCCGUCUGCAGUUUCAUACUGGCGUCAUGCAGGGACACACCCUCACUUUCUUCAAGGCGGACCUUGACUGUGCCAGUGAAGAUCCCAGAUUCCCAGAAGAUGGAAAAGUGGAGCUGCUAGUUUCUGACCGACCUGAAAAGAUCAGAGGCAGGGAGCUGUGGCACAACGGACGCUGCGUGACGGUGGACUACGACACCUUGGACCCUUUGGUGAGACGAGAUUCAUACCAGGACACGGCCUCGCUCGAAACAGGUCCACCUCAGGUCCUGGACCCUGGAAAUGGCAGCUUGUAUGCCAGAGUGAGGAAGAAGAGUAGCGAGGAAGGAGCUUUGUUCUCCCCGACCACCAGCAGCCCCAGCCUCAGUGACCGAACUCCAUCUGCCGGCAGUGAUUCAGGCCUGUCUGUUGCCUCACAGGGACGGACUGCAGCGGGACAGAGGACAGAAGCCUCACAGGACAGGAGCACCCAGGCAGGGAGGCUGCUCCCUGGGCUGGACUUUGAGAUUGCUCAGGAUCUUCUGGAGAUCAUGACUGAGCUUGCUGCUAGUGGAGGGGAGGCGGGGGUGGCUGCAGAUGAGUCUGGACUGGAACUCAAUAUCAAUGGGGAGGCUUCGUCCAGCGAGAGGGAAACUGAUAUAUUAGACGACGGAGGAGAUGGUGAAGCAGCUCCUGCAUUAGACAUGCCCAACUCCAGCAGUGUCUGCUUCCUCUCCUCCAAGAACCUGCUUGAAACUCACACGGAGUACUCCACACACUCCUGGGUCAGGCAGCAGCAGAUGGUUGAUGUCGUCACUGAUACCUACCUUGAAGUAGACGGAGGAGGGAGGGCCAACAGGGUGAGAGAAGAGAGGCCGUCACAUCUGGUUGCUCCCGACGCGCCAACUCGAGGGAUCAGCAGCAGGGAGUCGGUGCAGAGAAGGUUGGUGGACGAGGACGGCGCCCACCACGUCACACCGAAAACAGACGUUACACAUGACAUGCAGUCUGUCAGUAACACACACGCUUCGUCUUGCCAAGAGGAGGAUUUGGCGACGUUAAACACAGACAUUGACGAGUCUAUAGAGCAGCUGAACCAGCUGAUUUUGGAUUUGGACCCCACUUUUGUUCCUGUUCCUACCCGCUGUGCCCCCCUGUCCCGCUCCACCUCCCUCCACACCAAUGGUCUCAGCCACAAGGGAAACGCCCAUCAGUCAGGCUGGAGGCAGCAGAAGCAGGUCAGUGACGUGGUGGACUAUGCUGGUCUCCGGAGUCCAGGAUGGAGACGGGAUGGUGCUCAGAGCUUCAGAGCCCCUCAAGUUCACAGUCUCUCCUUCUCAUCAACUCAGCAUCAGCAUCUCUACAAAUCCAACAGCGUGAACUAUCGGGGACACACAGACAGCUGUGACGUCGUCCCUCCUACCCCAGCCUUCCCAGUGUCUCCUCCGACGCCCUACGUGAAACAUUUCUCAGAGUUUUCCCAGCUCAGAACCGCCAGGCAGUUGGACCAACACAGCUGGACACAAGAUUCCCGCAGUUUCCUGGACAGCAUGAACCACGGCGGCGGCUCCACAGAAGGAGAUCUGUUCAGGUCGGAGGUGUCGGUGACUCCUGCUUCCUGUCAGAGGAUCUUUGACUCCAUGUGCUCUGUGUCAUCAGAGAGCCCCCUCCCCCACACUGACAGCUCCACUCCUCCUCCUCGGACUCCAAACUCCCUGAACUCACCGUACCCUCGCCAGCCCUCGCCUCCUCUCUCCCUCAGCACUCCCAAUGCCCACAGCUCCCCUCGGGGGACUCUGAAAGGCCUCGGUGGGGGAGACAGGGAGACGGACAGCACAGACUUGUCCUCGUUGUUGGGGAACGGCGGCCUGGAGCACAGCCUGCUCGAGGCCAUGGAGGGCCUCGGGAGUCUGAACCUCGGGGGACACCGGGGCCUCCCUCCACUGCUGCCUGAGAAGAGGAGAGGAGGCGAGGGGGGAGAGUUCAGCUCCCACUCCCCCUCUCUAAGCGGGUUUUCCAGCCCUCACAGUGGCAGCAGUAUCAGCAUCCCGUUCUCGUCCCCCAUAACUCCUGACCCCCUCAGAGGACUCAGUGGGGCCCCGUCCCCUGGAGCAGACUUCGGGAGUAAGCAGGACACUGUAAAGUUUGUGCAGGACACUUCCAAGUUCUGGUACAAGCCCGACAUUUCCAGAGACCAAGCCAUCGCGGUGCUGAAGGACAAAGAGCCGGGCUCGUUCAUCGUCAGAGACAGUCACUCAUUUCGUGGGGCGUACGGGUUGGCCAUGAAGGUGGCCACGCCGCCGCCGUCUGUGUUACAGCAGAGCAAGAAAGGAGACCUGUCCAAUGAGCUGGUGAGACACUUCCUGAUUGAGUGCACGCAGAAAGGAGUCCGUCUGAAAGGCUGCCCCAACGAGCCGUACUUUGGAAGUCUCACAGCUCUGGUUUGUCAACACUCCAUCACCCCUCUGGCUUUGCCCUGUAAACUCAUCCUGCCUGACAGAGUCGCUCUCAGAUCUCGCUGUGUUUCUGCAGACCCGUUGGAGGAGCUGAAUGACUCGUCUGCGCAGACGUCGACAAACUCAGCGGCUGAACUCCUCAAACAGGGCGCAGCGUGUAACGUGUGGUACCUCGGCUCUGUGGCGCUGGAGUCACUGACGGGACAUCAGGCGGUUCAGAAGGCGACCACGCUGACGCUCUCCAUGGACCCGCCACCGGCGUCCACCGUCGUCCACUUCAAAGUGUCGGCUCAGGGGAUCACGUUGACUGACAACCAGAGGAAGUUGUUCUUCAGGAGACAUUACGCAGUGAACACGGUCAUCUUCUGCUCUCUGGACCCGCAGGGCAGGAAAUGGACAAGAGACAGCGGGUCCACUGCAAAGAUCUUUGGAUUUGUAGCCAGAAAAUCUCAGAGUGAGACUGAAAAUAUGUGCCAUCUGUUUGCUGAACAUGACCCCGAGCAGCCGGCCAGCGCCAUCGUCAACUUUGUCUCCAAGGUCAUGAUUGGGUCACAUAAUAAGAAGUGAGGAGAGAGACUCGCUGCAGAGGGAAGAAGAACACAGACUGGAGAUCGAACUCCGACAGCAACUUUUCCUCCCAAGAGCCAAAAACCUGCAGGUCCUGGUCCCAUCAGUCCAUCCUGCAAGGAUAAACUGGUUUAUUUUGUACUGAGUGCACUGCAGGAGGCUGCCACCAGGGGGAGCCAUGACUUUCAUGACUUUUUCAACUUAAAGUCGUCAUCGGGAGCCUCUUACUCCUCUCAGAUGCGUCCUUGGACAUUUGGAUAAACUUUGUAUAAAAUCGGAGUCACUUUCCCUUCAGACGAUCUAGUAAGGAAACUGAAUCUGGUCACAUGUCAGACUUACUCUACAUAUCACACUUUGACAUUUAACUUCUGAUUCAACUUGGAGAACAUACCAGAUAUUCUGCACAUAUUUUAAAAAAAUGACUAAAACCCUGAAACAUUUUCUUUUGUUGUUAUAAAUGUGUAAAUCGGGUUUUCCUCUGCGCAAACCGCAGGACCGUUUUUAGACGUUAAAGCAAAGUCAGCAACGUGGUCGCCUUGUACUUCAGAUGGAUUUAUUGUGUUGUGUUUAUUUUAUUUAUCCCUUUUUACAGAUGUCUGAACAUCCUUCUUUUUCCUAAAUAUACUUGUCAUAUAUUUUUGUAUAUUAACAACUACUGUACAUUAGGAUUAAACUCAGUGUACCUUAA